AUGGAAUCAGCAGAUUCUGAAAUCAGCUUACUCUUGGAUCCUGUGACUUGCAGUAUAUGUUUUGAUGAUGAUUUUAAAGCUGAGGAGAUGUAUUAUGUUGCUUUAUGCAAUCAUCGUUUCUGUAUGGAAUGCAUGAAACGAUACAUUGAAGUGAGCCUACUCAUGGGAACUAUACCGACUUGUCCUUAUUAUCAAUGUGAGUCUAAGCUGACUCUCAGAAGUUGUGUCCAUCUUUUGACACCUAAACUAAAAGUUUUGUGGGAACAAAGGACUUUAGAGGAAUUGGUUCCAUUAACAGAGAGAAUCUACUGUCCAAACCCGAGGUGUUCGGCUUUAAUGUCGAAAACCGAGGUCUCUAAAUCUACCGAAGAAGAGAAAUCUAUGAAAUGCUUCAAAUGCGGGGAGCUAUUUUGCAUUAACUGCAAAGUUCCAUGGCAUAGUAACUUGUCGUGUGCUGAUUACAAGAGAGUAUCUACCAAUCCUACAUCAGAAGAUAUGAUGCUAACAGUUCUAGCAAGUGAAGAAUUGUGGCGUCAAUGUGAAAGGUGCAAACACAUGAUCGAACUUUCAGAAGGAUGCAUCAAAUUAACUUGCAGAUGUGGAUAUUCAUUUUGCUACACAUGUGGAGCCGAAUGGAAGCAAGGAGGUUGUCCUCAUCGAAAAAGGAUAAUUAGGGAUUGUGGUAUUUGUACUUUUUCCUUAGUUGUUCUUGUCAUUAUAAUAUUUCUUUGUGUUCAUAAUUCAUAAAAGAAUAAAACAAUCGGGCCGGGUUUGUAGAUUGUUCAUGACCAUAAAGGGGGAAA